UCAUGACGGCUCUGGUGGUGGUGUGCAGUGGUGUAGGGAGGAAAAACUUGACCAUGGCUGCAGUCUGCCUCGCGGAUCGCGGAGCCCACACGGUGCUGUGGAGAAGAAGUUGUGCACAGUAUAAACAGGUAGCCAGCAAUGAGGACCUGCCAAUCCCGAUGGAAAACCCCUAUAAGGAGCCCCUUAAGAGGUGUGUCUUGUGUGAGAAACGUGUUGAUUAUAAGAAUGUACAGCUUUUGUCCAAGUUUAUCUCUCCAUUUACCGGAUGCAUUUACGGAUGGCACAUAACAGGUCUUUGUGGGAAGAAACAGAAAGAAAUAACGAAAGUCAUUAAGAGAGCUCAGAAAAUGGGGUUUAUGCCAGUUACAUACAAGGAUCCGGCAUAUCUCAAAGACCCUAAAGUGUGUAACAUCAGGUACUGGGAAUAA